CUCAAAAUGAGGUUGAACAGUCGGCCAUCUGCUGAUGUUGCAGCCAAAGCCACGUCAUAUUUUGUAUGCUUUGUGAGUUAGGUCUGUGAAGUCUUUACUUUCUUAGGAAAAAUACCUCUGUGAAACUGAAAAUAUGAAUAUAUUUCGACUAUUAGGCGAUUUAUCGCAUAUUCUUGCGAUCAUCAUUCUACUACUUAAAAUAUGGAAGACGCGGAGUUGUGCCGGUAUUAGUGGCAAGUCACAAAUUUUAUUUGCAAUUGUAUAUACAAUGCGUUACCUAGAUCUGGUGACAGCAUAUAUUUCAGCAUAUAAUACACUGAUGAAAAUCAUUUUUAUAGCAACUUCUUAUGCUACAGUGUUUCUAAUGUAUAUGAAAUUUAAAGCAACAUAUGAUCAUAAUCAUGAUACAUUUAGAAUUGAAUUUUUAAUACUGCCCACAUUUGUAUUGGCAUUAUUAAUCAAUCAUGAAAUGAAUAUUGUUGAGGUUUUAUGGACAUUCAGCAUUUACCUAGAAUCAGUAGCGAUAUUGCCACAAUUGUUUUUGGUGUCAAAAACAGGAGAAGCAGAAAGCAUUACCAGUCACUACCUUUUCGCUUUGGGCUCAUACAGAGGACUUUAUCUGUUAAAUUGGCUGUACCGUUAUUAUGCAGAAGAACAUUAUGAUCUAAUUGCUAUAGUCGCUGGUUUAGUACAAACAAUUCUUUAUUGUGAUUUUUUUUAUCUCUAUAUUACCAAAGUACUAAAAGGCAAAAAAUUACAAUUACCUGCUUAGCUGUUCAAAACUAUUAUUAUUUGAAAAAAAAUGUAAGCCCUCUUCUUGACGGUAUUAUAUUAAUUGAGUUUAUAUAAAUUUUGGCAAUAUUUAAAUUAAGGAAUGCUGCUGUAUAAAGUGUACAUUUUAUUAAGCACAAAGCAUUCCACUUUUUCAUAUGUUUGCUAAAUAUUCAAUAUAGUAGUGCACGGUUAAAUUUACAUGACUUAUUCUCACUUUUCUUCCAUUACUCGGUGUUUUGAGCUUGACAAUGCCUUAUCUCAAUGGGCAAAGGUAGAGAAUGAAUACAAUGAAAAGAAAAGAAAUAGAUGCACAUCAAUAGAUUGCUGACAUUAAAAAAGUAAUCAUGCCAUGAAGAAAAUUUCGGUUUACAAUUAUGAAGGUAUGACGAAAAUGAUUGAAAUGAAAUUUUCUUUCUUGUAUGUUUAUUUUUCUCAGUCCUGGAGAAUCAUCCUGGAGUAUCGAGUUCCUUUCGUCGUUGUUCGACGUACUGUGUC